AAAAAAAAAAAAAAAGAAUAUGUGGACAUCGUGACCAGCUGCACCAUUAGUCCAACAACAACAGCCUAUGUUCAGGAUGGGAUUGAUAAUGAUAGGCAUCGAGAUUGUCUUAAUUGAGCAAAGUCAAAUUUGGAGAAAGAACUUUUUUGUGCAUCAAGAAGCUUUUUUUUACUGCAUUUUAUCCGUCCGGUGUGCCGAUCGGCCUAUGGAAUGGGGAAAAAAAAUUGAAGGUGCUGUGACUUGCUUUUUGGACGACUACCUUCGGGAAACUUGAGGAGUCAGGGCGAAUGCUGGGAAUAUGUUCAAUUUUUCAAACAGUCGUUCAAGAAUUCCAGCUUGUGUUGACACGGAUUGCCAUUGUUCAAAAGAUCACGAUCAUCCAUCCGUGUAUUGACUCGGUUAAACUCCUUGAUUACUGUCUAUUGUUUAAAAAACGCUGACACGGCGAUGACUACGCGUUCGCGGUUUCCUCCUGAUUAUACCUUAGGAUACUGCUGUUACUGCAAUGGCAUAUACGACUUUGAUGAGGACGGAAAAGCGCAAUGUCUUUUGAAAUGCUUCGACUGUCAUCGCAAUGUCCAUGCAGUGUGUUCCGAGUUGGAUGAUAAAUCGGCAGAGAUUGCACAGACAUAUGAUUGGCAAUGCAAUGAGUGCAAAAGUUGCUUUGUCUGUCACCGCAAAGAUGAAGAGGACAAGAUCGUGUUUUGUAGUCUUUGUGAUAGAGGAUGUCACACAUUUUGCUGUGAUCCACCUUUGCAGGCAAUACCCGACGAUGAUUGGCACUGCAGCAUAUGUUCCAGCAUGCCUUCGCCAUCUUCUAUUCGCUCUCCCAUUGCAACCGAUAACAUCCCCGCCAACGACAAAAACGAACAAGAUUACACCGUCUUUAUCUCAUUAUCGGAUAGAUCUUCUGCUGCUCAUCCUACACUACAUCACACACGGGCCACAGUGGUCAACCCACCUCCAAAACCAACCAUGAUAACACGAACACGUAAAAGAAGAGCGGGGUCGCACGAUGACCAUAGCGACGAUAGCCUUAUCAACACGAAAUCCUCAAAAAAACAUACCUCAUCUACACCACUGUCCGAUUCCGCACGGACAUCCCACGUCGCCACCCGACGAUCUUCCUCGGAAUCAUUACCUUCCACGCGACGACGACGAGGACGACCACCGCUCGAUUCAACCCGGUCAAACAAGCGAUCAUCCUCGCCGUUGCAAGUGCGAUUGACCGUCAAAAAUACCAACGCAAGUAACACUGCCGACGCGUCUACGGUCCACCGCACGAAGAGAGCUCGAAGAAUAGAGAAUGGCAGGAAAAAGUCAAUAGCGGAUGAGGACUUUUAUGAGACAUUCGGUCACACAUUGACGAAAGCAGAAGCCAAUAUCAAGCGAGGCACACCUACACACCGGGACACCCAACGAUUUGCAGAAGCAAAAUCUAUCGCCACGCCUUUGACACUGGAGGAAGAUACGUCACCGGCCGGUUCACGAUCAUCUUCUGUGACGGCUGAAUCCUCGGUCAAACAAAACUGGAGCGCUGCAUUGGAAGUCCCGAAAAUUAGCCAAAUCCGGUUUGGCCAUUAUUUGAUCGAUACCUGGUAUGUGGCACCCUAUCCCGAAGAAUACAGCCAGCAGCCACGACUGUACAUAUGUGAGUACUGCAUGAAAUACAUGAAAAGCAGCUACGUUGCGGAACGCCACAAGAUCAAAUGUCCAAUUAAGCAUCCGCCAGGUGAUGAAAUCUACCGAGACGGAAAAAUUUCCAUUUUUGAAGUGGAUGGCCGAAAAAACAAGAUUUACUGUCAAAACCUCUGUCUGCUUGCCAAGAUGUUUUUGGAUCAUAAAACACUGUAUUACGAUGUGGAACCCUUCCUAUUUUACAUAAUGACCGAAACGGAUGAUGAAGGGUGUCAUUUUGUAGGCUAUUUUUCAAAGGAAAAACAAUCCGCCAUGAAUUAUAAUGUCUCCUGCAUUCUCACCAUGCCAAUUUAUCAGCGAAGAGGAUUCGGCCAAUAUCUAAUUGAUUUUAGCUAUCUCCUGUCGAAAAAUGAAAACAAAACAGGUUCUCCUGAACGACCACUGUCAGAUCUCGGUUUACUAAGUUACCGCAGUUAUUGGAAAAAUACAUUAUUCAAAACACUUGUUCAUCAAGUACAAAAUAUCAGCAUCGAAGAAUUGAGCGUCCACACAAGCAUGACUCCUGAUGAUAUCAUUUCAACAUUGCAGGCAAAUCAUAUGAUCCGCUUUGAUACGGACCUGGAUCGAUAUGUCCUGGAAAUUGAUUGUAAAGUCAUUCGUGAGCAUUUGCAAAAGGUGGAAGGGCGAGGGUAUCCCACGGUCGAUCCCGCCAAACUCACAUGGACUCCCUUUGUAUUGUCUCGGGAUCGGUUAGCCAUGCUAUUGGAGCAUCAGCGAACCAUCAAAGACGGGGAAGAAGCUGCAGAUGUGGAUAUUGUAUCCAGCGAUACAAGCAGUGAUACUUCUGAAGCAUAGUGAACUCAUCUCAUUCAACAUCAUUUCUACGCACGUCCCUUCCUCCCUCCCUCUUUCAUUCUCUGGCAUACAGUAUUAUAUGGCAUUUUAUUUUAGCAACAAG